CUACUACAUCCGGGACAUUCAGCUUUUCACAUGUCAGUUGGAUCAGCUGUCAAGACUUUCCUGCAUGUGAAGAAGCUUCGGCAGCUAUUCUGAUUUACAACACGUAUUUCUUUCGACAGAAGAGAUGGCGCUGAUGGGAAUUCAGCUGGUGGUCAGCUUGCUGGCUGCCUGCAUUAUGCAGAGGAUGGCUCCACAUUACUCCUUUGCACGCUGGCUACUCUGCAAUGGCAGUCUGUACCGGUUCAAACACCCGUCAGAAGGAGAGCUGUGUGCCCUGGCCGGAAAGCAGAUGCCCAAACCGACCAGGAAAGACAGGAGACAAAAUGGGGAGAGCAAGCCUCUCACUGUGCCCAAAGACAUCGACCUUCACCUGGAGAAAGCUCCAAUCAACGCUCUUGACGCUCUUGUGCUGCGGUUUUUCCUGGAGUACCAGUGGCUGGUAGACUUUGCGGUCUAUACAGCAGGCGUCUUCAUGUUCACUGAGUGUUACUACAGUUCUGUGGAUGCCAGCACAGAAGUCAACAUCGGAGCCAUCUGGUGUGUCCUGACUGUUCUCUUCAGUCUAAAGACUCUUAAAACUCUGAUGAGUCACUACUUCAGCUCUGAGGAGGGCGGUGAGCGCUCGGUGUGUCUGGCCUUCGGCUUCCUGUCUCUGCUGGUGGCCAUGCUGGUGCUGGUAGUCAGAGAGGACUACCUGGAGUUCGGCCUGGAGUCGGCCUUCUCCAGCCUCUUCGACAACUUGGAAGUGUUCGCCAGACAGCAGGGCUACGCUGAGUGGUCAAUCCCAGUGACCAAGCUGUCAGUGAAGCUGGGUCUGGCCGCUCUCUGUGCGUACAUCGGUGCUCUGCUGGCCUUCCCCGGCCUGCGCAUGGCUCAGACUCAUCUCGAUGCUGUUCAGAUGAACACAGGGCGGCCACACAUCCAGAUUCUGCUGCACAUGAGUUUCCUGUCUCCAGUCAUUGUGAUGAUUCUCUGGGUGAAGCCCAUUGCAAGGGACUUCCUGGCCAAUGCACCUCUGGGGAAGACCACUGUCACAAUAGUGUCCAGUGAAACCUUCGACAGCCUGCGCCUGUGGAUCAUCGUGGUGCUGUGUCUGCUGCGGCUGGCAAUGACUCGCUACCACAUGCAGGCCUACCUCAAUCUGUCUCAGAAGUGGGUGGAGCAGAUGAAGAAGGAGGCGGGGCGUAUCGCUGCGAUUGACAUUCAGAGGAAGGUCACUCGUAUCUUUUGCUACCUGACUGUGAUCACUCUCCAGUAUCUGGUUCCUGUUUUUCUCAUCCUCUUCUCCACACUUGCUCUUAAGUCACUAGGGGACUUCUCGUGGAAGGCCGAUGCAGAUCAGACCCCCGGGGUGACGCCAGCGCUCAUAAUGCCCAUAGCAGCGCCCGUGCUGCCCGGUGGUUUCGAUGAAGAUGAAGAGGGGAUGGACGACAUGGAGGAGGACGUCCAGGCCACAGUUGCCCACCUGACAGAGGCCUUCAUGGCGCUGCGCUCCGUCCUCACUCCACUUUUCUUCCGAGGUUUCUUCGCCUUCCUGACGUGGUGGGUGGCGGCCUGCCAGGUCAUCAGCUCUCUGUUCGGCAUCUACUUCCACCAGUACCUGAUGCAGAACUAACUGAGGGAGACGGAGUGCCAUAGCUCUGCAGUCACAGCCCUGUCUGCAGGUAUCCUGUGCAACGGCAUACCAAAAGCUAUGGGGACAUUAGUUUAAGACACACAACCACAGAUAGAAAGCACCUUGUUUGUGGCUGUAACCGAAGUUUGAUUGAGGAGAAGGGUGAUGAACACUGUCUGUUGCCAAAGUGGCUACCUGGUUGCCCUUAUGGCUUUUUGUCACCAGCAGGGUACUGGUAUUAUAACACAAAUGUACAGAGAGCACUGGGGGUCUGCAUCACAAAGCAAGUUAAGCUUAGUCUGGCUGUCCCUGGGUUACCUAGCUUCACUGAGUCUACCAUCAACAAUCAUUAAUAACCAGAAUCAUAAAGCUUGUGGCUCCGGUAGCUCUGUGUUUAUUGAUCCAGCUGCAGAUGCGUUCAUGUGAAAGAGUUUUUAAUUACAUGAAACAUCAAAAAGAACCAUGAGAGAAUUACUUAAUGACACAGAGACACCCACAGGGAAAUUAGAAGUGUUAGUUUGUUUAUUUAUAUGGAUACUCAUUAGUUACUGCAUUGCAACAGAAGCCAUCUUAUUGAAGAUAUUUUCAAAAAGGUUGAAAAGGGAAAUAUUCAGUAAAAUCGCACAAGUAGAAGUUAGGAAGAUACUUUUUCUUUUAAACAUGGCUAUGAAUAAGUGUAAGAAUUAGGCUUUUUAAAACAUUUCUGGCUUUUUCAACAGCUGUAUAGAAAAGUGAAGUGUUGCUUUUGUUCCUUAUACUGCAAAACACUAAUCUUGAUUUAUGAUACAGACCCCUGCCCGAUAAUCUUCUAUCAUAUUCAAACGAAACAUUUUUCUGCAAGUUUUCAGAUGUUUCUAUGCCAGUGUUACCUGAAUUGUUCUUCAAAGAACACUGAAUGCUGCAUUUAAUAUGUUUUAAUUGGUACCAGGGCAAGUCAUAGUACUUAAUCCCUGUGUAAAUGAGACUUUAUUUUUGUGAGGGACUAUUUGUCCCCCAAAGGAACCGAUUUAAGAGUGCUAAAUGUUUGUUUUUUUGAAUCUCUUCUCUGCUGUAACGGCUUGAUUGCAAAUACUUAGUAAAGCUUCUGAUCCAUCCUGUUAAAUGAAACGCAGCUAAACGUAAAUCCAAACUGUGGUUGUGGCUGUGAAUCGGCCAAAAAACUGAAGAGCUGUUGCUUUUAUCUAAAAAGUUUCUUCAGUAUUCCUAAGUGCCUGGGAGUUUAGGGAUUUUAAAUCAAUUUAAAAAUCUCCUGUCUCCUUGAUCUUAAGUAUUUAGAUAUUUAGAAUAAAUUAACAGUCGCAACUCAUUUCUGUUUUUCCCAUUCAUUUCAAACCACUACACAAUGGCAACAUUUUAGUUGCAGUGUCUUAAUUAGAUGCAUUCAUUUGAGGUUUAUUGUUCUUUUGUAUUGCCAAUCCAUGUAAUGUAGCUUACUUUAAACCAGUUUUGCAUCAGUGGCUUUUAUUUAUUUAUUUAUAAUACAUUGCAUUAUUAUAAUAUAACAUUACAUCUGUUCACUCAUGUAUUCUGUUUGUGGCAAUUUCUCAUUUUUAUUGUGUGUUUUUUCUAGUUAGUAUAUUUGAAUGGAAUGCUCUGAAAUCAAUAUACUGUGAACUUCAUAUGGAAAUGUUGCUUUUUUCAGAUGUUCUGAAUGCAUGGUGUGCAAACUGUUGGCUGUUUUGUUAGUAUGGCUCAAUAAAAAUCAUUUAUUAUUUUCAGUCACA